GCAUAGCACCUCGCACCUGCAUCAAUCGCAGGCAGCUCGAAACAGCUUCAGCGCCACCACAGCCCUUCGACACGCCUAGUCCGAAGUUUCCAAGAUGUCGCCAUGUCCGCGCGGUCGUGAACACAUACCUCGACCCACUUCACAAUGUCACAAGUCCAAGCCACCCGCCAGACCACCAUCACUGUCGCAAAAAGCCAGAAGCCAGACCUCAGGUUCCAACAUCAUGCAGAGUCAGUCACAUCACAUACGUCUCCGGCACGAAGCACCGCCACCGUCACCAGCUCGCCACACGCUGUGAACGACCCACAUCAGUGCUUGCCAACCAUCACCUGCUGCGAAGCGGUGAUGGGCCGAGAUGACUACGACGACUUCUGCGAACCUGCAAACACUGGUCAUAUGGAUGAGCGACUGGUCCAGGCGAACAGGCACGACUUGACUCAUCAGCGGACAUGUGCAAAAGCACAUCUGACUUCCAAACCACAUUACGACUGGGCACGGUAAAUGGCGUUCCGCGCCUUUGACGCACUACGGUGCGAGAGGAAGUGCGAGUGCGAGAGGCAUCGGGUGUUGGCGCGUGCGGUGGAAGGGAGGAUCGACGGGCUCGGCGUGAUGGGAUGGAUCGGAGG